AUGUUGUUUUCCAAGUUUUCAAUUUUGAUCGCACUCUUCAUUCUUUCCUGUCUCUCCCAAACACCGGCUUUCGCGGCCAAAAAGUCCUACAUCGUGUACCUGGGAGCACAUUCACAUGGCCAAAAAAUUACGAAGGCUGAUUUUCGUAAGGUGUCAAAUUCUCAUUACGAGUUUCUUGGAUCAUUCUUGGGAUGUAAAAAGAAAGCUAAAGACGCCAUAUUUUACUCGUAUAAGAGACACAUCAAUGGUUUUGCUGCAAUGAUUGAUGAGAAGAAUGCCGCCGAAAUUGCAAAGCACCCGAAGGUUGUGUCUGUUUUCUUGAGUAAGCAGAGAAAACUACAGACAACCCAUUCAUGGAAUUUUCUUUCGCUGGAAAAUAGUAACGAUGUUGUAGAUUCAAGUUCCUUGUGGAAGAAGGCUAGGUUUGGAGAAGAUAUUAUUAUUGCAAAUAUUGACUCAGGCGUAUGGGCGGAAUCAGAGAGUUUCAGUGACAAAGGGUAUGGGCCCAUUCCAUCGAAGUGGAGAGGAAUAUGUCAAAAUAACACACGUGACGGAUUCCCUUGCAAUCGGAAACUUAUAGGAGCUAGGUACUUUUACAAAGGAUAUGCUGCUAUAUACAAUAUUUCUGAGCCUUCAGCAACAAUUAAAGAAUUCUCUGCGCGUGACUAUGAUGGGCAUGGAACUCACACACUAUCAACGGCUGGUGGGAACUUUGUUCCUGGCGUAAGUGUGUUUGGGCUGGGGAAUGGAAGUGCCAAAGGUGGUUCACCUAGAGCUCGAGUGGCAUCUUACAAAGUAAAUUGGCCAAAGAUGAUAUUGAGGGAUUGCGAUGAUGCUGAUAUACUGCAAGCCUUCGAUCAUGCCAUACAUGAUGGCGUUGAUGUGCUUUCAGUAUCCCAAGGUUUUGAACCUCGUGACUUCUUCGACGACAGCAUUUCAAUAGGGGCGUUCCAUGCUGUUAAGCAUGGUAUAAUAGUGGUAGCCGGAGCUGGGAAUGAGGGACCAAAAUAUGGCACUGUUACAAAUCUUGCACCUUGGAUAAUAACUGUUGGAGCAAGCACCACAGAUCGUGAUUUGGCUUCUUAUGUUCAACUUCAUAAUGGACUACGCCUCAAGGGAAAAGGUACCACCAAACCAUUGCCAGAAGACAGAUUCUACCCACUUAUUACUGGUGCACAAGCUAAAGUUGACAAUGCAUCUGCUUCAGACGCUUUACUCUGCAAAGGAGGAACGCUCGACCCCCAGAAGGUAAAUGGUAAGAUCUUGGUCUGUCUUCUAGGGGAUAAUGAAAGAAUUGAGAAAGGACAACAUGCUAAUUUGGCUGGUGCCUUGGGGAUGAUUCUUUGCAACGAUGAGGGUAACGGUACUACGAUUAAAAACGAGGUUCAUGUUCUCACAGCAUCACAUAUCACUUACACAGAUGGCCUUGCUGUUUUGGACUACAUCAACUCUACUAAUUCUCCACUGGCUAUGAUUAAGCCAAUGUCAGAGCUGCCUGCAAAGCCUGCUCCGGCCGUGACUUCUUUCUCCUCUAUGGGUCCAAACACUGUAACACCAGAAAUCCUCAAGCCUGAUAUUACUGCACCAGGAGUAAAUAUCAUAGCUGCCUACAGUGAAGCUAUCAGCCCUACAGAGAGAGAUUACGAUAAGCGCAGGACACCCUAUCUCUCUUUGUCUGGAACAUCAAUGUCUACUCCUCAUGUUGCCGGAAUUGUCGGUCUUCUGAAGGCAGCUCACCCUGAUUGGAGUCCUGCUGCCAUUAGAUCUGCAAUCAUGACUACCGCAAGAACAAGAGAUAAUACUCGCCAUCCAAUGCUAAUUGGAUUUAAGAACGGAUCCUUUGCUAAGGCAACACCGUUCGCUUAUGGUGCUGGGCAUAUACGGCCAAGCCUUUCUGCAGAUCCUGGCUUGGUCUAUGACUUAGAAGUUAAGGAUUACGAUGGCUUCCUUUGUGCAAUUGGCUAUAACAAAACUUUUAUUGAACUCUUUUCUAAGAAUUACGAAUGUCCCAAGUCUACCAAUCCUCUUAGUAUUUUAAACCUGAACUAUCCUUCAAUAACUGUCCCUAAACUCUCCGGCUCAGUCAUCGUGAGUCGAACAGUGAAGAAUGUUGGCCCACCGAGCACCUACAAAGCUCGUGUUCGUCCACCACCGGGAAUUUCAGUUAGUGUUCAGCCCAAUGUUCUGAAAUUUGAGACUACUGGUGAAAUGAAGACAUUUAACUUGACUCUGAAAGCUAAGAGAAGUGGUGUUUCCAAAGGCUAUGCAUUUGGUGAGUUAUUAUGGUCGGAUGGUGUACAUAAUGUGAGGAGUCCAAUCACAGUUGCUAAAGCCGCCACACCAUGAAUCGGAUUUGAAUGAUACAAUCACAGUUGCGAUGGCCGCCCUUCAAUAUCAUUUUCUGUACAGGGAUAAAGUUGUGUAAUUUGUUUAUUCACUUCAAAAGAGUUGUAAAUUUGGCCAUGUGGAAGUAAUUAACAUAACAGUGCUUUUAUAGGAAAAUUAGUCAAUACUUAUACACCCUUGCCUUUGCUCUAUUUUGUAAAAAUUGCACCAGCAAAACAAAGAAUGAUUAGUGUGAAAAAAAAUAAAAAAACUUGAAUAAAAAAUGAUUAUUGUGAAAAAAAAUACCUUAAAUAAAAACCAAUAAACAGGAAUUGCUAUAUGUUAAAGUUGAUACAAGGGUAGGCUAAGGAAUUCAUCCCUACUCUAGUUAGGACGGAUUCAGGAUUUCUGAAUAGGGUGACCUAAUUUUGGAUUAGGCUAAUUUUAGGUUGGGGUGGGCUAAUAUUACAUUUUUUUAUUUUUUAUUUUUAUUUAUUUAUUUAUUUAUUUAUUUAUUUUCAGCCCACCUCUGCCCACCCCUCCCUCCGCCCUUGACUCUAGCUACCUGGAUAUGUUGUAACGAGUAUGAACAACAAUGCUGCAGAUCUUCGAGCUACUUGU